GCAGGUCCAGUCUAUGUAUUUAUUUUGCAGCGGAAGGCUUCACAAUUCACAUAGCAUUUAGAAUUUGAAGAUCUGGAUCACCUAAUGGUUUGUAUGUGUUUCAUGGUGGACCAAAGAAGGAAGAUGAGGGGAAGGAAGCCGGUGGCCGGAUCAUGUUCGCGGUGCAGCAGGGGAGCUAGCGUGGCUGACAUGAGAACUUACACAAGGUUCUGUUAUGUUCCAUUUUACUGGAAAUCUUGGAAAGCUAUCAUUUGUACAUUUUGUGGAGCUGUUCUUAAAUCUUACAAAUAGAAACUCUCUUCAAAUGCUAGCUAUCCAUAUAUAUUAUCAGAAUAUAAUUAAUAUAUAGUUCACA